UUUCAGGCCGAAAAAAGUGUUCGAGAGUGAGAAUAUUGAAUAUUGGAGGAACGCCAAUGGAAUGAUUCUUGGAACGACUAGAAUUUGACAUUCCAAAUUCAGUAACUUGGACCAGCACUAAAUCGUUUUCAUUUGAAGACAGUGAACCAUACAGAUUGUUUUUGUUGGACAGCAAAAUCAUUUGUAUUGUUUGUUGGGAUCAUACGUAAACAUAAGCUAUCAUUUUAUGUCCGUUUUAUAGCCUUUCAUACGGCAAAUAGAGGUCCAAUGCUGGUUUUUGUCAUUUGAGUGUUGAAAAUGUAAUACGAAACGACCAAAACAGAUGCGCUGUUGCCAAGAGUGUAUAACCAAGCGACAAGGACGAAGUAAACUCGAAUAUAAAAGCUAGAAUUUGGUAUAUUGUUGACAGGAGAUUCAAAGCAUUUCGUUUAUGUGAAAUUACUGUUUCAUCGAAGUGAUAAUAUUCACAAGGCGGCAAAGUUACAGAGCGUUACUAGUUGUUGUCGGAAGUGUGUCAAAUAAGCAACGGCGUAGAACUUAAGUAUCAAUAGUAGAAUUUGUUAUAAUUUUACUUGGCAGAAGACUUAAAGAGUCUAGUCUAUAUGAAAGUACUGUGUACUCGCUUGUGUUCUUUACAUCGUAAUUAAGUUUAUCAACAAAGUCAACAAAGAAUCGGCAUACGGAAUUGGUAAAUGAUAUACAAAUAAACAGAAUGACUUCGACAUUAAGUGGUCAAAAGAGAAGCAAAGUACCCAUUCCAAUACCAAAUACCAAUGCUUCGACUGUACGAGAAGACAUUUCGAGCGCCCAAGCGAAGAAGCCGCCUUAUGAAACCAGGAAAUCAGCCGAGGAAUUGAAGCUUCGUCUCGCAUCGGCAGUAAGCGCAAAAAUUGCCCUCGGCAGAGAUGGAAGAAACCCGAGUAGCAAUAGUAGCAAUAGAGGUAUUGGGUUUCUCUUGCAACGAAAGGAACAACAAGAAAAUAGACUAAACACUAAAGAUAUUUCGUUUCAAAAGCCGGCACGUAAUCACGGCGGAAAACCUGUUGAAAUGAUGGCAAAGAAUACGACGAAAAGUGUGAAUAAAGCCGAGCUUCAGAAGUCGUUGUUAAGCGCUUUAAUGAAUAGCAGAGGAACGUCUGCAGCGAGUUCAGGUCAAAAUAGAAGCAAAGAUACUCGUGGCAAAUUGAAUUCAGAUACCAAAGGUAAAACCAGCACCAAUGAAUAUAAUAAAACGCCAAUAUCGGCGCCGAAAGCUACGAGCAAUGUAGCAAAUAAGUCGAGUAAUGGAGGGAUUUCAGGACAAAAUAGAGACAGUCGUUUUGCAAAUGGGAGUUUAAAAUUGAAUCCAUCCGCCCCGAAUAAAGGUAAAAUGACUGCAAGUGAAUUCAACAGUAAGCCAUUGUCAACGGUUAACCCAAGGAGUGGAGAUUUACCAAGUAAAUCCCCAUUAGAAUCUUCAAAUGGGACAAGGGGUGGGAUUUUAGAUCGAGCUAAAAAUAUUGAACGCUUGCUUGGUCAAAGAAAACGAGAAAAUAUACCAGUUGAAUCGACCAAUGCGACGAAAGACGAUGCAGUAAAUGGAAAAGAGAAAACUACACAGGCAAAUAAAGGAAUUACUAAUGUAAAUGGUAAAAGUAUUGGCGAUACUAAACUCGAUAAAAAUACCGGCACAGCAGCAAAAUCGGUUGAAACUGAUGGGAAAAAAGGAACCCCAAUUUUAAACGGAAGAAAUAAUCGGGACAUUAACACAACUAAACUACUUGCUUCUCUUAACAAAGAAGGUGACUCGUUUUUAAAUGGUAGAACUAACGGGGUUUUUAAGUUGAAUAAAACGCCUAAAACAACUCAACCUGUCGGGUAUACUGGAAAAGAAAAGAUAGAGUCUAGUAAUGGCGAAAACAGUGGAAAAUUUGGUGUGAAUGAAUCAGUUGAAACGAGGAAACCUUUUGAAAGCUUUGGUAAAAAGAUUCCACCGCCUGUUGCAAAAAAACCGUCUAAGGAAGAUAUGCAUAGAUUGAAACAAACCUCUUCGUCUGUGGAUUCAGACAGACAAAAUUCUGUGACUUUGGCAAACGGUAAUGUCAGUUCAAAUGGUAAAAUAUCAAGUCAAAAUGACACGCGAAGCACAAGUAAAAUUAAUUCUCCACAGACUCAGGGAAAGACUGGUGCUUUAAAAGUAAAUAGCUUACGUUCUAAAAACGAAACUGCUUUGCUUUUAAAUGGGACAAAUUCUGGAAAAGACGUUGCGUUUCGGGAGGACUUGUUGGAAAAAUUAGAAGCUGAUAUUGGGAGUUGUAAGAUCGCUGCGUUUCAAUCGCUGGAGGAUUUCUCUGCGUUACGAAUGAAGGUGUAUCGUAUUCGAGGCGAACUGGAUCAAUUGAAACGCGAGAGGGAGAAACGAACGCCUUUGGUUUGUUAAUGGACAACUAUAGAACGUAAAAUGUUAAGUUUUUCUGGUCGAACAAGCUUAGGGGCUGUUUUUAUGCUUCCGCUUACCCGGGAUUCAAUGAAGUGUGACGUAUUUUGAGCAAUUGAAAUACGUGUUUCAGCCCUAAACAAAAGUUAGAUAACUUUUAAUAUUGUUUAAACGAAAUUAGGAACGCGCUAGAAGUUAUGUAGUGGAACACGGUAUUCUAUUAAGGCCAUAUAAAAUAAAUUCCUUGAUUCUCAUCACCGCCCGACGAUAUUUUGGUUUCCGCGUUGAUAUAUUUUUGUAUUUUGUUAUAAAAUAUAAAUUUACCGCCCGACCGAGCAUCUUCAGAGAUUUAGUUAUUUUUAUAUUUUAUAUUGGAAUUUUUGCGAUAUAAAAUUGUUUUGCCGUUAAUAUUGCAACAUGUUAAGGGAUGCUUGGAAUACUGAAGGGAAAAAUGGGCUUAUAGCCUUAUUACAACGAUUUGUGUGGCCCUUAUGCAUGUUCAUUAGCGCAUGUGCAAUUAUCCACUUAUAUAGCGUUCUUCUAUAAUAUAUUUAAGGGCAAAUAUAAAAAGACCUCCCUCUCCAAUUUUUUAAAUUUUAAACUUUGUUUUUAUAUUUUGACAUAAAAUAUAAAAUAUAAACCUCCCGUCUCCUGGGAGUUUUUAAAAUUUAGCGAUGAGAAUCAAGGAAUUUAUUUUAUAUGGCCUAACCGUGAGUGGGAGAGAAGACGAUUUGUCGAUUAAUAAUAACAUUCAACAUUUGUUUUUUUUUGUCUAAAACAUGGAAUUUCAUACAAUCUGUAACAAGCAAUUUUGUUAGAUCAUGAGGUGCGACUUCAAUUGCUCAAAAUACGUCACACUUCAUUGAAUCCCGGGUAGCGGGACCAUAUAAACAGCCCCUUAGGGGCUGAUUACAUGGAGAGUUUUCAGCCCGGGCUGAGUUUCAGCCCGGUUAAACGAGCUGAAAUUGCAUCACGAUUACAUGAGCAGUUUCAACCCGGGCUGAAUUAAGUCAGAGCUAUAUUUAUCUUCAACCCGGGCCCGGGUUGAAAUAAUCUGAGUGUCACGAAAUAGGACAAUAAGCGUGUUACGCUUCUUUGAAGCAUUCAGACGCUGAUUAGUCCACCAUUUGACUUGUGUGAGACUGUGGUUAUAUGUAAAGUAUUUAAAAAUUAAACAAACACGCAAAAUAAAGCGAUUUAAACGGUUGUUUUUUUAGCCCGGGCCGAAAUUAUUUGCGAUUACAUGCAUGCUGGGCUGAGUUUCAGUCCGGGCUGAAAUUUCAGCCCGGGCAGCUCAAACCGGGCUGAAAUUUCAGCCCGGGCUGAAACUCAGCCCGGGCUGGAAUUUUGGUCAUGUAAUCGCUUGCUGUGUUUUAAUAUGAUUUUAUGCUUAGGCCGGGCUGAAAUUUCAGCCCGGGAAACCGGGAUGAAACUCAGCCCGGGCUGAAAACUCUCCAUGUAAUCAGCCCCUUAGAAUGAGAGUUUAUGAGACAGUUGGCAAGCGAGAGUUUGCAUGAGAGUUUUGACUUUUGUCGAUCAAACGAGAACAACAGAUUACAUGACAGUUGAUAAUAGAAUAGGUGUCUGGAUAUUACUCAACGCACACAACAAUAAUUAUCAUCCAAGGAUAAUACUAAUAGAACUACUAAUUUAAACAGCUUGAUUUUGUCCGUUGAAAGCCUGAAACCCAAUUCAAAGAAUAGAUAGUUGGUCUGACAAUACCGAACGGGCGCGGACCUAUGUUUGUCUUAUAAACUUUUAUUCUUCUUUCUGGAAAAGUUGAAAGGUGGCAAAUGCCUAUUAAACCAUAUAUAAACAUGUGUAGUUUCAGAGAGCUUAAACACUCCACUUUUUUGUCAUCACCGUAGGAAUCUUAGCUUGAAAUCAAUGUAAACGGUAUAGAAAUAUUGAUAUUUUGACCAUUUUACUUUUGGUAUACAGAAUUUCACUGUUAAUAAAUAAGUUAAAGUAUGG